AUGCCCCCAUCCCGCCCUCCCAUCGAGCUCUUCUCCGCUGAGUGGGCAGCAAUCCAUGUCGCCGCCCCGCCUCUCCCUCCAACUCACCCUCUCCUCCUCGACCCCACGCGCCUCCUCACGCGGACCUUUCACCCUCGCACGCCGACCGACGAGCAACGGCUGAUCGACUACCACUCCUACUUCCACUCUCAGAUUGCUGCGAUGUGUAACGAGAUCAGCGUCCGCCUCGAAGGCGAGGCGACUGUGCAUGGGAUAGGACCGGACAAGGACUUUUUCCGCCAAGUCGUCGAGACGCUCGAGCGGGCGUUCAGUCGGACCGACGACCGUCCGGCGGUCCUCAUGAGGGCGAGGGGUUUGCAGUCCAAGUUGCGUUGGGACAUUGAGAGGUUCCCGAACGCUCCGACGAGGUGGCGUACGGUCGAUGCGUUCGUCCUCGAGGUCUUGAGCACCUUCCAUGCUGGAGUCCUUGGGGGACACAUUGAGCCUACCUACCUUUGGACCUACGUCGCCCCUCUUCGCUUCAUCCACAUCGACAUCUCUGCCUGGGUCGUCUACUGCACCAACCCAUCCAGCGACUCCUGGAAGACCACCUGGCAGCAGUUCGAGCAAACCCACGGACCGGCCGCGCAAGCGCAGAGGGAGAUUGGGAAGGAACGGUUUGUACCGAGGGCGAGGAGGUUCUGA